CCAUGUAUGUAAACCCCUGUACUGCAGAUAGAACAUUAAAUGAAAAAGAAACAGCUCAUUUUAUUCCAUUUUCAUUUUCUGAAUAUUCUCCAGCUGCUUGCAUGGUAUCAAAGUAGGUUUGGUUAGGGUUUAACCAUUGAAAUUCUUCAUAGCAUAAUCUGAAAAAUUAAUCUGCUAUCUCCAUCUCAAAAAUAUGACAACCUCACAAUCAAGCCCUACAUUAUCAACCUCUCUUUCAAAAUCCUUAUUGUCACCGAUCGAAGAUCCAAGGUCUCCAUACUUUCUCCACCAUACGGAUCACCAUGGGUCUAUUGUCAUCAACCCCAAGCUGACUUCAAGCAACUAUUGUUCAUGGAGUCACUUUUUUCUACUAGCUCUCUCCAUCCGCAACAAGACAAGGUUCAUUGAUGGUUCCAUUAAACAGCCCAGCUCAACAGAUGAGUUAUAUUCUUCAUGGACCCGUUGCAACAAUCUCAUUGUAGCGCGGUUGCUUGAGUCUAUUUCUGAGCCAAUAGCCACUAAUGUUUUCUAUAUGAAUUCUGCAGCAGAGAUAUGGCAGACCCUUAAGAACCGAUUCUCUCAACCAGAUGAUACCAGGAUAUGUAAUCUCAAUUUUCCUUGUGUAACAUCACACAAGGAGAUACCUUCAUGGACAAUGAUUGAUGUUGCUGAAGUGAAGGCAGGCCUGUACUUGAUGCAAUACAAGCUACUUGGAAAAAGAUCUCAAGGAUCAAUCUCUACUUCUACAAGUGUCACAAUACUUGUUUGUAAUAGUGUGCCGUUAGGAUUUAAACUUUGGCACUAUAGGUUAGGGCACAUUUCAGAAGAUAGAAUGAAACAAAUUAAACAAGUUUGUCCAAACAUCUCUACUAAAGAAAGUUCAGUUUGUUAUGUUUGUCUUUUAGCUAAGCAGAAACGUUUACCUUUUCCGAUUCAUGUGAAAUCUUCUAAAGCUCCUUUUGAUUCAAUACACAUUGAUAUUUGGGGACCUUACUUUGUUAAUUCAAUACAUGGAUAGCAA